GUUCUUUUUCUCUCUCUCCAGAUGUCCCCUGUGUCCCUGCUCCUGCUCUCUCUUGCCUUCACUGGCUGCAGCGCCUUUGGUGGCAUGGGGCGCUUUCGUAAUCCCAUGUUUGGCGGGAUGGGGAAGUUUGGCGGUCAAGGUCAAGGUUUCCCCGGCAGAUUCCCAGGUCAAGGUCAAGGUUUCCCAACUGGUCCAGCAACUGGGCGAUCAACGCCCUCCGUGUGUAGUGGGAAGGGCACUCUGGGGCAAAGAUUUGCGGUCAACAUUGGCAUCAACGACGCUGAUAACGACAGUUUUGUCUCUGGCCCGGAAAUGUACAACGACUUCAGAAACAACUACGACACCAACAAAGACGGCUGUGUGACUCUGGCUGAGUGGGAACAGCGCUGGGUGCAGGGACUCCUCUUUUCCAAGGCAUUCGCCGAUAACCGUUGGGCCGCUCUGCAACCAAGCAACAACACCGCAUGCCCCGUCACCUACGCCAGUUUCCAGAACAACACCAACAUGAGAAUGCCGUUGGGCGGUUUCAUUUCGGGCAAUCUGCAAACUCUCGUGGACACGUGCAAAAGCGACAACUCGCUGCUCAUCUCCAACUGCGACUGUCUACAGUUGUUGGGCGCUUGUGUGAACGACGCUACGCUCAGCGCAAACUCCGUGUGUAAUACGUACGUGGCUCAGCCAGUUAAUGCCACCACUACACCCGUCCUAGGUUGAUUUGGACGUAAGGAACUAGAUUAUCGACCUCCGUGGUUUUAGCAACUGCUAAUGACCGACCACUCCAUUUACCUCGAGAAAUAAAUUGAUUGCAAUUUAGGUGUAAAGCUUGGUUGGGGGCUUUCACUAACUGUGAAACAUUUCCCUGGAUCCGGCUGGUGAUGCUUUUUAAAAUAAUAAAUAUUCUGGCAAAAAAAUA